AUGGAUGCAGCCAUCUCUUUCAGGUGUACCUCCACAGGUCCUGACCCACUCUGGAGGUACCUUACAGAGUAUGAAAGGAAGAAGAAACUCAAGAUCUCAGGCAAAGAGCUGGCAUCUCUCCCCACACAGGUCUUUAGUUUGCACCAGCUGCAAGUCUUGGAGAUGAGCCCAGAAAGAGAGAGCUGCCUGAGGUACCAGAUGGACCUGCUACCCCAAGAGAUCAGCCACCUAAGGAACCUAACCUGCCUCUACUUGGACUCCAAUAACUUGAAGAAAAUCCCUGCUGAAAUUGGUACUUUGAGUCACUUGGAAAGACUUACUCUGAGCAACAACAGCCUGAGCUCACUGCCCUCAGAAAUGGGGGCACUUCAAAGGCUGCAUAGCCUCCACCUAGCUAACAACAGCCUCACAGAGCUGCCUGCACCUCUCUGCCAGCUGAAGAGCCUCCUCUUUCUGGAUUUGAGUGACAACAAAAUAGGCACAAUCCCUUCCAGCAUUCGGCAUCUGGAGAAACUGGAAACCCUGCUAUUGCUCUUCAACUCACUGGAGAGCUUGCCUGAGGAUAUCUGUCAUUUAAGGAAUCUGAGCACACUUUGGUUGGGAAACAACCAUCUACAGUGCCUUCCAGCAAGCUUUGGGGAACUGGUGAACCUGGACUGGGGAUACAGUUACUGUUCAUGCAACUUUGAUGGGAAUCCUCUGGAAAGUCCUCCCCCUGAAGUGUGCAGCAGAGGCCCUGAAGAGAUCAGAAAAUAUUUCUUGUCAUUUCGUAGGAGCCAGAUGAAGUGA